CCACUCCAAGCUGCCCAUGCGUUGCUGCGACAUCAGGGUCAAGUUCAGAGCGAGGUACAAACUAGAAUGGGUCAAGUUCAGAGCGAGGUUGCAGCAGCAGUAGAUCAAGGAGAGCAGAUAUCCUCCGCGGCACCACCCGACCCUCAAGCUGCUCCGGCUGCUACUGCUACCAGUACUGCUUCCUCCAUGGAAUCCCUUAUUGCCGAAGCUGCUGCAUAUGGAAGCGAUGAGAAUGAGUCUGUUGAUGCGCAGGCGCAGAAAGCAUUAGAAUGCCCUUGCAUAGCUGAUCUUCGUAGUGGUCCGUGUGGUGUCCAAUUUUCGGAGGCAUUCCUUUGUUUCCUCAAGAGUAGCGCCGAGGAAAAGGGCUCAGACUGUGUGCAUCCAUUCGUGGCGUUGCAGAAUUGUAUCAAAGCCAACCCCAAUGCCUUUUCUAAAGACAUUUUAGAAGAGGAUGAAGUCCAGAAAGAGGAAGAGCCAACCCACGAGUACAAAAUCAUCCCCCCUAUAUGGUCCAAGGAAUCCCCAAGUCCAAAAUCCAAGCUCUAAGAUAAUUAAUUUGUCUUCCCUCUUCGGCCUCUGCUGACUAUACCUAAUUUUCUGCGUAGGAAUCAGAAAUUAUUGAAUCUUCUUGAAUAGAAAAACUUUUUAUUGUUGAAAAACGAAACAAUAAUGUUUUGUUUUUCUUUUUUUAAAUUUUCCCGAGCAAAACAAUGAUGUGCGACAUGAAUUUUUCUAUGUAGAGAUCUGCUGAAGCUUACCCUAAAAGAUUAUGAUGGAAUAUUAUGCA